AUGAGUGAAAUAAGUGCAAGCGAUUAUAUCUCGCAGCAAGAGGCAUUGGAGGUUCAAGCUAGAGAGUUGAUGCCAUGGGAUCCCACAAAAUGCACAUACUCUAUGGGUUCUAUUAGACAACCGAUAUUCGCAUGCCGGUCAUGUGGAGAUAUUGGCGUUUGUUAUUCGUGCUCAAUACAAUGUCAUACGAAUUGUAAUUUGGUUGAAUUGUUUUAUAAGAGGCAAUUUAGUUGUGAUUGUGGUACUGAAAGACAGAGGUCAGAUAACAAGAAAUGUAGAUUGAGAGGUAAUGAAACAGCAGAUAUUCCAGAUUAUUCAAAUCGAUAUGGACAAAAUUUUAGGGGUUUAUUUUGUGAUUGUGGUCAAGAAUAUGAUCCUAAUACCAACUCUACAAUGUUACAAUGUAUUUUAGGACUGGAGUGCAAUGAGGAUUGGUAUCAUGAUUAUUGUAUAUUAGGAUGCACGAAUAAUCCCAAUAUUAAAGAAUCUGAAAGUAAGCUUGGUGGGUUUCCAAGUUUAGAAUCGUUUGAAGCAUUUAUAUGUUGGAAAUGUGUGUCCAAAUACCAUUCCCAAUUCUCCCGUUUGUUGUGUCACAAUUUAGCAGACGAUAUUGUGUCUGAUACUGUAAUGUGGGUUCCAUGUUCAUCUCUUAAAGAGCGGGAGGCGAAAUUAGAGCAGAAUAACAAUUCUGCAAAGAGAAAGAGAUACGAUGGUGAAUAUUCAGUGUUUCUGAAAGAACGGUACUCUUCUACGUUGGAUAAAUUGAAGAGUUUAUUGCCAAAGGAGGAUAUGCUGCGGAUAUUUCUUGCAGAUAUCGCAUCUUUCUUAAUUCGUGAUGACCCUAUAUACGAGCCUCCAGAGGAUACAGAUCCAGUGUCAUCAUAUGAAGCUGCAUCCCAGGCUUUGCGUUCAGUUGGUCACCAAAAUACCAUUGAUGGUCUUAUUGCAUAUCAAGCAAUAAAGUCUAAACUAUCGAGUUUCUUGAGGCCGUUCGCCGAAACAGGAACGAUUGUUAAAGAGGAAGACAUUAAAUCCUUUUUCAAAUCGCAGAAGAAGCCGUCUUCUGGUUCAUCAUGA